CUCAUCCUUACAUUCAACUAAUGGCUGCUAACAUCAAUACAUGUCACUCCGAGAUGAAAACUUCAAAGUGCAAUGCUCCACCGAGAUUUGCCGAGCUUUGAAUCAUGAGAUGAGCUGUUGUAGUGGACGGAUGUAGCGAUAAUCUGUAAACGACCACAUUGGCUCUUUCCCUAGACGUGCUUUUACACCAGGUGUGCGACUUGACAAGAAGAACCUCCAUGUCUUCCGAGAAUGCACGCAAGAAAAGGCAUGUCUCCGGACUAGCUUCGACAAAAAGGUCGAAAACAUUUACCGGCUGUUGGACCUGCAGAAGACGCUCGGUUAAGUGUGGCGAAGAGAAGCCUACGUGUUGCAGAUGCAGAAACAGUGGACUGUCGUGUGAUGGGUAUGGAGUUCGUUUGGUCUGGCCAGGUCAACAUGGGGCCAAGAUUGCUCAACGCCGAAACUGUUACGAUGAUUCCUUAUUUACUUAUCCCGUAUUCAGUGAGGAGGCUGUGGAUUCGGCUCUCAAUGAGAUAGACACCGCCUCAAACCCAGAGGAUCUCACCAUUGGGCUUUUCUCAGUAUUUCGACUCCAGCGGGCCAGCGAGUUCACGUUGGUUAACGAUUCUUGUACAGAUGUCGAGCUGAAGUAUGGAGGCUGUUUCCUUAUUGGCGAGGAGGGAAUGUUCCCUGGGGAGCAGGAUGUCGUUCGGAGACUGGCAACAUCUUCAAACUGGGUGGGAACUAUGCUCUCUGAUGACGAUUACGUUUCAACUUCGGAACUGAACAAAGCCCGCAGAGGUUUGGAUCAAGAAUUGCAUAGCACCUCUCGAACAGCAUUCUUGGACUUCUCUCUUUCCACUCAAACCAGCAUCGAACGCCAGUUGAUGAAUUAUUGGGUCACUUUUCUGAGUGGGUUGAUGACCCCCACACCCCGACAAGACAAUGCAUUCAAGGACAUUUUCACUUCGUUGGCGGUGUCAGCAAUGGGUACGUCUCAAAGUUCGCCAGCUCACACAGCGUUUUUGCACUCUCUCUAUGCUUUUGCGGCAUUUAGCCGAGCGAGACUGUGCUCUUCUGGUGAGACGGAGAGUGUAAUUGGCGACCAGCAUUUGAAAUGGAGUCUUCGACAGUUGAACCAAAGUUUGAACACAUGCGAGCUGGAAGCACAGCAGGCGAUACUCGCAACGAUUCUCGCUCUCUCUAUGAUUCCUGCUUUCACAGGGGAAAAUUCCGACUGGCGUGUCCAUUUCCGUGGGGGAAUUGCUUGGCUAAAGACCACAGAGAAAAGAGCAUGGAGAUACAGUAGGAACAUGAGCACCUUAUACCAGAUUUUCGUCUGUCUCGAGGAGUUGCGGCCAGCCUACGGCGCUAUUGCAAAAGGGUUUGGACCACCCGAGUUCGGCUUUCGACAACCAAGUCUCGCACCAGAAACGCUCACUGGUGACAAAGACAUGGAAUGGUACCUCGAUGGCAUUUUCGGAGUUACCAGGCCUAUAAUGGAAAUCAUUCACGAAAUCAACCAACACGUAUUCAGCGGAGCACGGCCUUCCCAAGUGGAGCUCGAUAAACUUGAGCUUAAAAUAUACCGCAACGACCCCAAGUGGUUGCGAUCGCAAUUCUCAGGCCCAGACGAGCACUGCAGAGAGCUAGCAUGGCGCCACGCCCGAACAUUCUAUUAUGCAUGCCAUAUUUACUUGGUGUGUUCAUUGCGAAAGCAGCCCCCUCGCAGUGUCACUCACUUCGUGGAGCAGGGCAUUAAGCAGAUCGAGGCGAUCAGCCGCCUCGAAGCAGGCUUCAAUGUUUCCGGCCUCAUGUGGCCGUGUUUUAUCAUAGCUUGUGAAACCGAAGACCCUGACCUCCGCCUUCGCAUCAAACCGUACUUCGAUAAAAGAGAAUGCUGGGGGAUUGCCAAUGUAACAGCUGCGAAGGAGGUCGUUUUGGCUGUAUGGAAUCGCAGAGACAAGGCAAUACAAGGGGGUUGUGUCCUCUGGCACGAAGUCAUGGCGGAGAUGGGAAUUGAUAUCAUAUUGUCGUAGAAAGGCGGUAUAAACGCAGCUCAGCACUAUGUUCGACCCCUACUACUCUGCUCGGUCAUAACCAUCGAUGAAAGCUAAGUAAUUUUAAACGAUAGGUACUAAGGAAAUAAAAAUAUUCUAAGGUAGA